CAUCACACAGAUAACUUGGUUGCACAUCUACUGAGAGUAAUCGGACAAUUCAGUCCAUGGCAUAGAAAUCCUAUAGAAAUUUAUAAAUAAUCAGUAUAAUUUGAGAUUUCAAUUACUAAAGUAGUUUUUAUAUUUGUUUAGCGCUGCAUAAGGAAAGUUAUUACAUAUUAAUAUUCUUAAAAAUAAACAAAUAUUAAAAAGUAAAAAUAAUUUUCAUCUAAAACAAAACAAAAAUGGCAUUGGUAUGCGUGGAGGAUUUUGAAAAGAAAGCGCACAGUGUGCUGGAAAAGAACGCUUUGGAUUAUUAUCGCAGCGGUGCUGGUGAACAAUUCACAUUGCAAUUGAACCGUGACGCUUUUAGAAGAAUUCGCAUACGUCCACGUUGCUUACGCGACGUCUCCGUUAUUGACACGAGCUGUCAUAUAUUGGGAAUUGAUCUAAGAUGGCCUUUGGGCAUUGCACCCUCAGCUAUGCAAAAAUUGGCACAUCCAGAAGGAGAAGGUGGUAAUGCGCGUGCAGCAGGCAAUGCCGGCUCAAUUUAUAUACUCAGUACGCUAUCUACCAUGUCCAUUGAGGAAGUGGCAGCAGCCGCACCCAAUACCAAUAAGUGGUUCCAGCUAUACGUUUAUAAAGAUCGCUCACUCACUGAACAAAUGGUUAGACGUGCUGAGAAGGCUAAUUUCAAAGCAAUAGUAUUAACUGUAGACGCACCAAUCUUUGGCCAACGCCGCUCAGAUAUACGCAAUAAAUUCAAUCUACCGCCUCAUCUACAUCUAGCCAACUUUCAGGGCAUCAAAGCGGAUGGAGUAAUUAGUAAUAAUGAAGCAACAUCCGGAAUCAAUGCCUAUGUUUCGAGUCAAUUCGAUUCGACACUAACGUGGAAGGAUGUUACAUGGUUAGUGAACUUAACUAAAUUGCCAAUUAUUGUUAAGGGCAUACUAACGCGUGAAGAUGCUGUACUGGCUCGUGAGUUCGGCUGCGCCGGUGUAAUUGUAUCAAAUCAUGGCGCACGUCAAAUAGAUACUGUACCAGCGUCAAUUGAAGCUCUCCCCGAGAUAGUUAAGGCGGUGGGUAAUGACUUGGUUGUAAUGUUGGAUGGCGGUGUUACACAGGGUAACGAUAUUUUCAAAGCAUUAGCUUUGGGUGCUAAAAUGGUUUUCGUUGGUCGAGCAGCACUCUGGGGACUGGCAUGCAAUGGGCAAAAGGGUGUGGAAGAUCUAUUGGGUGUUUUAAAGAAGGAUUUUGAAAUUACUCUGGGCUUAUCCGGAUGUCAAAGAUUGCAUGAUAUCACUAGUGACAUGGUAACACACGAAUCUACUUAUGCAAAAUUAUAAAGCAACGAAGCAAUUUUUAAAGUGUAUAUAAGAUCUUUGAAAAAAAUAAAUAAAUAAAUAAUCAAUCACA